UCUCCUCUCUAGAAAGAACGAUACUUGCGGGAUGUGCUGACAGAAGACUUUUCUCUUUAUCCUACUAAAAACGCCCAUUUUCUUUUGACUUGUUUUUUCGACCUCUGGCAUGGAGCUCGACCGCCGGCUGCUGCUAAUCCACUGCGCCGCUCACGCCCUCUCGGUCGCGGCGGGACUGCUGGUGGUCGUCCCGAUGGCUCUUAACGGCUCGGCUUUCAAAGGCCGCUGCGCCCUCUUCUCCACCGGCUACUGGAGGAAAGAAGACCGGGCCGAGUUUACGGAACAGCCCGGGGAGAUGUCUCACCUGGUGGUGCAGCGGUGGGGCCCGCUGGAAGCCUGCCAGCUCGCCACAUUUGUGGGUAUUUUUACGACGCUUUACGGGGCUGCGCAGGGCUGGAGGUGCCUCUUCUAUCUGCACGGACGGCAUGACGACACCCUGUUCUCAUCCUUCCUCACGGUCUUGCUGAGCGUCUGUGUGCUCUUCCUGUCUGCGGGGGCCAGCGUCAUUUUGUCUCUGGGAUUCAGCUCUUGGUGCGACACAGUCACCGACGACAACACGCGUCCAUACAGUUGUGCAGAGUCCCAGUCUGUCCCUCUUUACCUGGAUGUUGACACGUCGACUUUCUACACAGACCUCAGUCUGGCUCAGGCGUCUCUGUGGUUUGUGACGGCCCUGUGGCUGGUUCAGUCCAUCCUGGCCUUCCUGCGGCUCUACCACUCCCACAGGCAGAACAUCACAGGGCCUUGGCUGCACCGAGACAAGGAGCUGCUGCUGGGACACACUCCCCUCGACAGCGGCUCCCCGACGCCUCCUCUUCCCCCUGCAACUCCAACUGUCUGCGUCUGACAGGGAGGAAGUGAGGUAGUGACGCAGCUCCUCACAUUUAACGCCACAGUUUUAAACCUCAUCUUGUUCAUUAUGACCACUCAUAAUGUCCACCCUGCACGUCUUACUGUUUACAUGCCUCAUCUUAUUCAGCAGAGCCUGACCUUUAAAUUAUAUUAUCUGCGAAGAAGCAUCAAGAAACUGCAGUAGGAAAAUGCCAAAGAUACAGUUUGUUGUUAUCAUUACCUUUAUUAUUCUGAGAGAUGCAUCUGAACAAGAUUAUGAAAUAUACAAUAAAGCACGGGAAUUAUCUAGUUUAAAGGGAACUGUGACAUAAAAGGAAAACCUAACUGCUUAAAAUUGAGAAUUUGAUGGUAAAAAUAUUUGGACCAUUUUACUCAUUAAAACUCCAGGGGCCUCAUGCAUAAGAGUGCGCAGUUUUCACACCAAAACCUGGCGUACGGAAAAAUUUAGAAAAGCCCGGCACACAAAAAAAUUGGAUGCAUAAAGCCAUGCAGACCUGCGGGAAAUAAUCUAAACCCUCAUAAACCAUCAUCAACAUUUCCCAGUAAAUCAAUAUGAUCUCUGAACAAACGCUCCCUCUGAAUCCUUCUAUUAGCGAUGUUCUCCAUCAGAGCCAAAGCGCUCCACAAUUGCGCGGCUCACCUUUGCGCAGCUACUUGUAUACGUGUGAUUGCAUACACACCUUGAUCACAUUAAAAAUAGUCAAACCUGUUGAUUAUUUUUAAUAAUCAACAGGUUGAUUAUUUUUAAUAACAGUUUUUUUUAAUCAACAGGUUAAAAAAACCUGUUGAUUAUUUUUAAUCAACAGUUUCAUCGUUUACAUUUAAACAAUAAAAUAUUAAAAUCAUGAAAAACAUCGGGUUUGAUGCUUCUUGGUCUAAAUUACACCAAAUGUAGUCAGAUUUCUAUGUAUUUAGGUGAGUUUAGAUGCUUUGUAGUUUGAUAUUGUCCACAGAAAAAGUUUGCAUGGCUGCCCCACAUUUUCACGCCAGCGAAAAAGUGCGUAUAUUUAUGCAAAGUAAAUUUUUAUACAUGUCGACUUGUGCGUAAAAUAUGGCGCCGUACUUUUUUUUUUUUUUUUGCAUGAGGCCCCAGGUGAUUUUCUGCCAGCUUUACUUAAGAUUUACAUUUUAAAAAAUUUUUUAUUUGUGUGACAUUCCUACAAAUAUGGAGUUAUCAAAAUGUGUGAUGAUGAGGAAGACAUGCAGUUUAUUUCAGAAAAUCUAUGUUCAGCCACAUGUUUGUUUUCUAACCUGGUAAACUAAAUGGCUAUAAAACCAAUGAUUUGCAAUCUUUCUAAUAAAUUAGGUAAAUGACCUAAUUAGAACAUGUUUUAUAUAUACGGUGGUCCUCAAAUAUCAGCAGCACCCCUGAUAAAAACCCAGGUUUUUGUGAGGUAUAAAAAGGCUAUGAUAAAUAAUUUAGAAACUGUCUUUGAAAAGCAAUCAUUAUUCGUAAAAAUUUAACUGAACCAAGCACCUCACUUGACAUCAUCUACCUAUUCAACCUGGCAAAACCUCUCCAAAUAUAUUAGAGUAUGAGGAGAUCUGUUGCACACAACCCCCUUUGAUGUUGAUGUCAGAUCUUUACUUUAGCUAGGCCAGUCCAAACCAUUAAUCUUCCUUUUAUGAAUUGUUCUUUUAUUUAUUUAAAUUUAAAAAUAAAAACCCUGUUCACAUUCAGCUUUCUAGUAAAAUGUUAAUUGAUGUUUGUGACAGUUCAUGAUUGGUGGACAAAAAGUCUAGUUCCAUCUUGAUGCUGCCAUCACAAUGCUUCACAAUGGGUGUGGUGUUCCUUUUAGUAAUGUCACUUUUGGAUCAAAUGUUUUUUUGGUUUGUUUUUUUUUUAACUGUGGCCUAAAGUUCAAUUAUGUUUUCAUGUGACUAUUAACUCAUUUCCUCACAUGAUUUAGGGAUAUUUUUGUCAUUUCUUGUAUGGCUUUUUUUUUUUUUGAAAUACAAGGCUUCAGUCUUGCAUCCCUAACCCUUAGUGCAAAACAUAGAACAUUGUUGUCACAUAUAGAGCACAACAAAUGCUUGAUAGAGAUUCCCGCAGCUCCUUCAACGUUGCUGUCAUUCUCUUGGCACCAGUUCUUGUAGCGUUACUGUGUCCCGUAUUUUCUUCAACAGUUUCUAUCUGUUUUUACUCUGAAAAGAUGUAUAUUUAUAUAGUGCUGUGGAUCCUUUUUCACGUUUCACUUGACUGAUGAGGCCUUUGCAUGAUAUUUUUGAUCUUCUAUUAUAUUUGUGCAAAACUGCUUAGUAAGAGACAAAUAAUCACCUGGCAUUUUAACUGGGGUGUGUAUAUAGUUUUGAGAGUCACUCUGUGUAGAGGAGUUGAGCUCAAAGACAGGAGAAACAGAAGGGAAUUCCAGUCCAACAUUAAAAUGCUGACAUAAAUUUGAGGUAAAUGACAACUAAAGUAAAUAAAAAUUGUCAGAGGUUUCAGUCCUAACAAAGACUCCUCUUUUGUCUCAAACUGAAAGGAUUCAACUUCUUUAAUCAGAAAUGCUAUAAUAGUCCAGUGUUAUUCAGAACAUUUACUGAGCUUCAUGUUUUAUUUAUUUAUGUUACUGACAGUGCAUCAUAAUGGGGAUUUUUGUUUAUUUAAAAAGCAUGGUUGUUUACAUAUUUCCUGGAGUCCAACAUUUUGCACAGUUGUGUCUUCAUCAGGGAUGAAAAAAGGCUUGUUCUGUUUUAUUCAGAUGAAGCACUGUGAUGCUUUUAUUGUGAGAAAGAGCUACAUGUCCAUGGAAAAGGGCUCACUGUGUGAGCCUGACUUGAAUGUUCUGUUGUGUGCACACCGCUGAGCCUCUCUGCUCCCGUGAUGACUUUUAUGAUGGUGCUGUUUGUGUGGACGGAGCUGCUCUCUGGAUCUCCUCCAAUGAUCUGCUUGUUUUUUUUUUUUUAACUACUUUGUUGAUCUGUGGUAGCUUUGGUACAGAGAAUGACGAUGAAAAGAAAGAAGUUGCCGACUUUUCUGAGGUUUUCUGUUCAAAUUGUUUUUUUGUGGACGAUCAGACCGGCUGUAAUGAAACACAAACAGUGGAGCUGGAAGUCUGAAGUAAAGAGAGAUCAGCUGGUGUUGCCAUAUGAAGCUAUUUAGAAAAUGGUUUUUGUAUCGGAAUUGACUGUAGUUCUGUUGUUUGUUCUCAUUCGUCUUUGUGUUUUUGCAUUUGUCCUGUAUUUAAAUAAAAUACUUGCUCUUA